AUGGCCAAAGCUUUCUUCAGGCUACAGAAGUUUCUCCGUCGGACCCAGUUUCUGCUCUUCUUCCUCACAGCAGCUUACCUGAUGGCUGGCAGCCUGCUGCUGCUACAGCGGACCCGCUUGGUUAUCCAGCAAGGGUCACGUGGGACCUCUGCUAACCAGGCACUGCCAGUGCCGGACGGGAUGGCCGGGGUCGGCAUCGCAGACCCCAGGAUGCUGCAAAACCCCCGCCCCGGUGCCAGGCUGGUGGGCACGGAUGCGCCACAGGAGCCAGCCCUGGACCAGCAGCACAGCCCACGGUGGCUUGUGUCCCGCAACUCGGAGCUCAGGCAGCUGAGAAGAAGGUGGUUUCACCGGUUCAUCAGCGAGCAGGAGCCCAUGCAGACAGCGGGAUUUAAAGCGAUGAAGCACACUGCUGAACACAAAGGCACCUACGUCGGAUGCUUCAGCGACAACUCGAGGGAGAGGACGCUGAAGGGAGCUGUGUUUUACGACUUAAGAAAAAUGACAGUAUCUCACUGUCAGGAAGCUUGUGCUGAGAGGGCUUACAGCUACGCAGGCCUGGCGUACGGAGCAGAGUGCUACUGCGGGAACACGCUCCCAGCCACCGCCUCGAAGCCCGAGGAGUGCAACAGCGAGUGCAAGGGGCAGAAGGGCUCCGUCUGCGGCGGGGUGAACCGGCUCUCUGUCUACAGGGUGGCAGAGCUGCGGGCAGCAGCGAGGCGACGGAGGAAUGUUAUCUAUCGAGGAUGUUUUAGAGCUCCAGAAAAUUUAACAGACACCUUUCCAGCCUCUUUGAUACAGCCCAAUUUGACGGUGGAGAUGUGCUCUGAAUUUUGCUCCAAGAAAGAGUUCCCCUUGGCCGUCAUCCGAGGGCAGGAGUGCUACUGUGGCUACCCCACCGGGCGCUUCUCGCUGCACGACGGCGCAGACGGGCUGCUCUGCAGCGGGAUGCACAACGCCAGCAGCGCUGCUGCCGGAAAAUACUGCCUGGUCUAUCAGACACCGGUGCAAGACACCCGCUGCACGGACAGGAAAUUCUUAACCACCAAAUCCAAAGUGUUCGUCGCUUUGUCAAGCUUUCCUGGGGCUGGGAAUACGUGGGCUCGCCAUUUGAUAGAGCAUGCCACAGGAUACUACACAGGAAGCUACUACUUCGAUGGAGCCCUCUACAACAAAGGUUUCAAAGGAGAAAAAGACCACUGGAGAAGUAGAAGGACCAUCUGUGUGAAAACACACGAAAGCGGCAAGACGGAGAUUGAAAUGUUCGACUCGGCGAUCCUGCUGAUCAGGAACCCGUACAAGUCGCUGGUGGCGGAGUUCAACAGGAAAUACGCCGGGCACCUGGGCUACGCCACCGACCGCAACUGGAAGAGCCAAGAGUGGCCGGAUUUCGUGAACAGCUAUGCCUCUUGGUGGGCCUCCCACGUCCUGGACUGGCUGAAGUACGGGAAGCGCCUGCUCGUUGUCCACUACGAGGAGCUGAAGCAGAGCCUCAUCCCCAAGCUGAAGGAAAUGGUGGAGUUUCUGAACAUGACAGUGACAGAGGACCGACUGCUCUGCGUCGAGAACAACAGGGAUGGGAACUUCAAGCGGUCUGGUGCUAAGCAAAAGGAUUUUGAGCCAUUCACCCAGGAAAUGAAAGAUCUUAUCAACAGAUACAUCCUGACAGUGGAUGAAGCCCUGAGGGGAAGAAACUUCACAGGGCUGCCCAGAGAGUAUGUGCUAAGAUGAUAGCCUGGCAGCAUUCUGCUGUGUUGAAAAAUAAAAUAAUUUUUUCUAAAAAAAAAAAAAAAAAAAAAAAAAAAAAAAAAAAAAAAAAAAAAAAAAAAAAAAAAAAAAAAAAAAAAAAAAAA